AUGUUGACCGUUGGAGUAUCCAUCUUGAUCGCCAGUUUUCUUCUUCUUGUCGUCUACCUUCGACUUGCUUUUCGUAUCAGGCGGAAAAGCGAGCCUCCCUACGUACCCGGACAUUUUCUGUGGGGUAACAGCGCACAGUUCUCAAAACAUCUUGUGCGCUUCCUGCAGACAUCUCAGAAACAGCUGGGCGACAUCUUCACCAUCCGUCUUCUUUACCACUACUUCACCAUCAUCAUGGACCCGCACUGCUACGAAACCUUCGUUAAGGAGAAGAAUUUUGAUUUCUCUCUAGUUACGAAGCAAGUAAUGACCAAUGUCUUCGGCCUUGAGGUGAAGUCUCCUCACAAGUUGUUCAGUGAGACCACCAAACGCUUAAAAGGCGUGUACGUGAACACUACGAUGGAGAACUUUGCGAAACACGUGCAGAACUCCUUCACAGAUUUGACGAAGACCUCAGCCAUGACCACCUCGGACUGCAAUGCCAACAUCAACACGGACGGGAACACCAGCGUCGACUGGAGAAGAGAAACGCUUCUCACGCUGAUGUCGAGGACCGUCUUGACCUCCUUGUUCUACACCCUGUUCGGGCGCAGCGUGGACCCCUCAAAGAACUUCUGCCCGAACGUUUUUCAUGAUAAUUUUAUCAUCUUUAACAAGUACUUCGAUUACCUGUGGAUUGGCUUGCCGCUGAAACUCUUUCCCAAAGCCGUCGAGGCGUUGACCAUCCUGUUACAGCAGCCGACAUCCCACAACAUGUUGCAGCGUGACGGAGUGUCCGAGCAAGUCAAGGUCUCCAUCAAUCACUUCCGCCAGCAGGGUCACAGUGAAAAAGAUAUUGCAGUUUAUAUGCUCGUCUUAUUUCGUGUCAACUACAAUAUUUUCCGUGUUUCCUUCUGGUGCGUGUACAAACUGGCGGAGGACCCCCGCAUUCUGAAGGACCUCGAGAAGGAGCUUCACGAAGCCAUCGAAAUGAAACGAACAGACGGAGAGGAAAGUGUGGCCUUCACCUUGGCAGAGAUCGAUGAAUUAUCUCUUCUUGUUCUUCACUUGAUCUCUUGA